CGUCACUUCCGGGUCCGGCUGAUUUCCCGGUUUCUGCGCUGUCCCUCUCGGUUAGAGAGCGAUGCUAUAUACCGGCGAUAGAUCUUUCCUUCCUCUACCAGUUUUGGAUCCCAAAUUGCUUUUGUGCUGCACUUUUCUCCAUCUACGAUGCUGAACAAAAGCUCCUUCACUACCCUGGUGGUUGGCGUGUUCAUUGUAUAUGUAGUGCAUACCUGCUGGGUAAUGUAUGGCAUCGUCUACACAAAACCCUGUGAAAGCCACAGUGACAACUGUAUCAAGCCAUACCUAUCUAAGAGACCGAAGCUUCAGUUGAGUGUAUAUACUACUACAAGGACUAGUAUUAGCGCAGAGAAUAACGUUGAUUUGGUUUUGAAUGUUGACAACUUUGAUGUGGAGACAAGAUUUGAAAGAACUGUGAAUGUAACUGUUCCAAAGAAAACCAGAAAUAAUGGGACGCUGUAUGCAUAUAUAUUUCUGCACCACGCUGGAGUUUUACCCUGGCAUGACGGUAAACAGGUGCACAUAGUGAGCCCAUUAACUACUUACAUGAUUCCCAGGCCUGAAGAGGUAAAUCUCAUCACAGGGGAAACUGGCACCCAGCAAAUUGAUACAGAAAAGAAGGAAUCCAAUGCUUUGGAUGAACCUGUCUCUCAUUGGAGGUCACGGCUCACGUUGAACGUUAUGGUGGAAGAUUUCAUUUUUGAUGGAUCCUCACUACCUGCUGAUGUUCAUAGAUAUAUGAAAAUGAUACAGCUGGGGAAAUCUGUUCAUUACCUUCCUAUAUUAUUUAUCGAUCAGCUAAGUAAUCGAGUAAAGGACUUAAUGAUGAUAAACCGCUCCACAACAGAACUUCCUCUGACCGUUUCUUAUGAUAAGAUAUCAUUGGGAAAACUUCGCUUUUGGAUUCAUAUGCAAGAUGCCGUUUACUCUUUACAGCAGUUUGGUUUUUCUGAAAAAGAUGCAGAUGAAGUAAAGGGGAUAUUUGUUGACACCAACCUUUAUUUUUUAGCACUCACUUUUUUUGUGGCUGCUUUUCAUCUUUUAUUUGAUUUUCUUGCAUUUAAGAAUGACAUUAGUUUUUGGAAAAAGAAGAAGAAUAUGGUUGGGAUGUCAACAAAAGCAGUAUUGUGGCGUUGCUUUAGUACUGUGGUAAUCUUCCUUUUCCUUCUGGAUGAACAAACCAGUUUAUUGGUAUUAAUUCCUGCUGGCAUUGGAGCUGUGAUAGAGGUGUGGAAGGUUAAGAAAGCCUUGAAAAUCACAUUCCAGUGGAGGGGUCUGAUGCCACUAAUCAAGUUCGGAGCCUGCAGUGAAUCCGAAAAGAAGACUGAAGAGUAUGAUACCCAGGCUAUGAAAUACCUGUCAUACUUGUUAUACCCUCUGUGUGUGGGGGGAGCCGUUUAUUCGCUCCUAAAUAUAAAAUACAAAAGCUGGUAUUCUUGGCUAAUAAACAGCUUUGUGAACGGUGUUUAUGCAUUCGGAUUCCUCUUCAUGUUGCCUCAGUUAUUUGUAAAUUAUAAGAUGAAAUCUGUGGCACAUUUACCAUGGAAGGCAUUCACAUAUAAAGCAUUUAACACGUUUAUUGAUGAUAUCUUCGCCUUUAUUAUAACCAUGCCAACCUCACACAGAUUAGCAUGUUUUAGAGAUGAUGUGGUCUUUCUAAUUUAUUUGUACCAAAGAUGGCUUUAUCCUGUGGAUAAGACUAGGGUAAAUGAAUAUGGCGAAUCCUACGAAGAAAAACCGAAACGCAAGCCACAUAUAAACUAGAUUUCAUUCAUAUGGACAACCUUAUCUCUUACUUGAAAGAUACGGUGUGCAAUGAAGAAAACCAUGAAAUUAUCAAUGAGUAUUUUGAAUGCUGUGGCAAACCUAUCUGGACAUUGCACUGUCCGUGUUGCCAAAAUCUUAAAAUGUGUUUCAUUAACAAAACGUUUCCCACAGCUUUCCUUUCACUUUUAUCUUUAAUUUAUUUUAUACCAGUCAAAAUGGAGUUACCAUAAGAAAGCAGUAAUGCUGUUUAGUUGACUUUUUUAAGAAGGAAUACAUUCCAUUUACAUGCAGAGACUAUGUGCAUUCCUCAAUAUUUGGGACUCUGGUACUCUGAAGCCCUGGCUGACUGUAUAUAAUACUUACAAGUAAUGUUUGGUAAGGUUAGCAUAAGGUAGCACAUGGUGUCAUCCACAUUCCGUUGCUCUUAUUUACAUGAGAUGUCUAAAACAUUGCUAUAAUCAAUAUCGGAUAUGUCAAGAAUCGAACGACGGGGCCCAAGCUUGAAGAGUAAUAUGCAUUUAUUACGGCACUUUGCAUUUUUGUUGAAAUGAUGUGCACCCGAUUCAGGUUUCAUAAGCAUGUUUUGACCAGAGCAGCAUGUUUUGGGAUAUAUGUUUUGGUCAUCAAUGUCAAAGUUGAGUAACUGUCAUUUACUGUUCUGUUUCUUUAAAAGGGACCGUUUUAUGUUUAUUUUCUGUUUUAUCUGGUUUAAAUCUGGUUUAAAUCAAAUCUAAAUUGCAUAGACAAAAAAAAGCUAAAAAAAAACAACCACGUGACCUGUAAAAUAAAGGCUAUAGGGUUUAAUGAAUCAAAAAUACAAACGCAUCAGUCCACCUGAGUACCUGAAUGUUUGGCUGUUUUGGUUGCAGAGCAUUCAGUGACAGCGCACAGACACUCUUGGGGUACUGGAGUACGGGAUAUAGCUAAUAGGUAAAUAAAAAUUUCAGCACCCCAAAAAUUAAAAUUCUCCUCUUUAUUCAUUCAAAUACAUAGAUUAGUGCACAUUUGCUUACUCGUUUUGGACAGUUUGGACAAACAUGCACUGAUCUAUGUAUUUUAAUUCUAAUCAAUAAAGAUGGCAGAUUUUAAUUUGUGAUGUGCUGGAAUUUUAAUUUACUUGUUUGAUUUAUAGAGCUUCAUAACAGACUUUCCUAAGUGCAACCAGUGUGGUAUUUUAAAAGGGGUAUUCUGGUAUACAAAUAUGAUUUAUUUGGAAAGUACAAAGUAAAAGUGCUCAGUCUAUAGAGAUUUAGGGGGAGAAUUAUCAAACUGGUGUAAAGUAGAACUGGCUUAGUUGGCCAUAGAAGAUGUGAAAAUUGAAGGUGGAAUCUGAUUUAUUGCUGAGUCAGUUCUACUUUACACCAGUUUGAUAAAUCUCCCCCUUAGGGAGCAUUCACACGACCGUGUUGGUUUUGCGGUCCGCAAAUCAUGGAUCCGUGUGUCCCGUAUGUCUUCAGUUAUGUUUCCAUUCCGUAAGUCUUUAUAAUACGGACGUGGUGCUUCCGUGUGUCAUCUGUUUUUCAC